ACAGUAACAUGUCUUAUCUGCUUGGGUACAAUUGCCUUUCGCUCAAUUAUGCAAACACCUAUGAGUGUAUGUCCUGGGCAAAGGGCAAAGGGAGUGUCACCUGAAAGCAGAGAGAUAAUUGUAUCCUUUUUAACCAUAGUGCAUGUGUCUUUUAGCACCAUACCUGCAUCGUUACAUUGAAGCUUUUCUAGAACCCUGCUAAAGUAUCAUUUGGAUAACGUAUUCUGGAUGGACUUCUAGCUGAAGAUAGCCUAUCAGGACCAAGUCAAGAGGUUUAACCACUACAAUUAUGGAUGAUUUCCUGAAUGCGAUAGAUGGAGUGCUAGCGCAGCAUGGAGAACCUCUCAGUUCCAGCAAUUUUGCCAGUAGACCAAGUGCAAAAAACAUCUAUGAGCAAAGGAAACAGUAUGCAAAGUCAUUAUCCAGAGAAGUCACCAACUUUCAUCACAGAGUGGAGCAUUUGCUAUCAUGUGAAUUGGAUAAUAAUCUGAGAUAUGUAGAGGACUGUCUGAAACGCCUCCACUUGCUAAAAGCAGAGGGAAAAGUAUGGGGCCAGGAAAUGAUACUUCAGGUACAAAAUGGAGAACUGGUCUUAACUGACCUGGAAUCAAGGGACAGUCUUGAAAAUAUUCCCCUGCAAAAUAUAGAAAGCUGCUGUUCAAAGAUCGGGUAUGCCUCCUAUAAUUCUAUUCUUGCAGUUACUGUCCAGAACCAGGGAAAAUCAAGCAUACUGCUGUUUCAUUGUGAGGAACAACCAGCUUCUAUUGUAGUAAAAAAUUUGGAGAGAGCUUUGACACAAUUCAAAGGAAACCAACAGUAUAAGGAUAACACAAGAAACAGACUGCUUCACAGUGACGUAAAUGACCGUGGUUGCUCCUCCCAAUCCAGUUUAGGUGCGGAUAGCCCUAGAUUAGCACGCAGUGGCAGAGAAGCCGCACAAGAUUCACCUAUUUCACAGAGAAAGUUUGAACCAGGGCCUGUACAUUUCCAGCCACCAUCUCGAACUCAGUCACCAGACUUCAACCAAGGAGACGAAAUAACACGUGAUAUUGAAGUGUUAAAUCAUGUUCUCGGGGAUAUUGAAAUAUUUGUUGGAUUAUUGGAUUCAAAUAAAAAGAAAAGAAAGGGAAAAUCUGCUAUUCCAGAAUCAGAUUUUUUUGACUGUCUUCAGAAGAUAAAAUACGCUUUUAAUUUAUUGGGAAAAGUACAAGAUGAUAUGUUCCACCCAGCUCCUACAGACUUGGUCCAUAUGUUGUUUACUAUACUGCCCAAGAUUCUGUCCAGCUGCCCCAGGAAGGACAUGUCUAGUUCUGUAGUGUCUCCUUUUCCAACGCAAAAGGCUUUGCUGCUGUUGAGCUCAUGUGUGACGGAUAAAGAAAGAAAACUAUGGGAAAGCUUAGGGGAUGCUUGGUUAAGAACAAGAGCUGAUUGGCCUAAUGCUAAGAUGAUCCCACCAUAUAUACCAGUAUUCUUUGAUGGAUGGAUUCUUCCAAAUGUAAACUCAAUAAAUGGACAGCCAAAGGUCCAAGAAAACCUGCAGACUCCGUCCACCAAUCACAAUUUUCAAAAAAUACCUGUAAGAGUUCUACACGACUUUGAAGCCAGAAAUGAACGUGAAUUGUCAGUAAGAAAAGAAGACAGCGUAAAGGUUCUAGAUCAGAGCAGACAAUGGUGGCUGGUUGAGAAUUCCCAGGGGCACAGGGGUUUUAUCCCAAGCAACAUACUAGAGAGCACAGAUAAUGGACAGUUUCCGGAACAAUCAGUAACAUCGUUAAAACCAAGUUCAGCUCCAGAUGAAGUGUCAGCAUGGUUAAAAACUAGGGGAUUCUCAAGGAUCACUGUCAAGUCCUUAGGAAUUCUGAAUGGUAGUCAGUUGCUGGAACUGUCCCGUGAGGACCUAAAGCGAGUUUGUCCUGAAGAAGGUGGCCGUGUAUUUUCUCAGCUCAAUGAAGUUCGAUCAUCUCUAGGAAUAUAAGUACUUCAACCAGGAAUUUAGGACCUGAUAUUUCCAAUGGAAGAUACUUUUAAGACCUAAAGCAAUAUAUUCAUCUUACUAAUUAAUACUGAAAUUGUUGUGAUGUGCUGUUGUUUAUCAGUAUAUUGAACUCAAACAGUUGCACAUACGUAUAGAAAUACGUGAAUGGAAACCACAAAAAUCAGUAUGUGUAAUCACCUGGAUACAAAAAUGCAGCAUAAAGAAAAAAAAAUUAAAAACGUU